UGCAUGAGCCAACGUUUGUAACGGCAGCAAGCCAACCAGCCAACUGCCGAACGCCAGUGCAGGCAGUGACUGUGAUAACUGAGCUUCCAAUAACGUUACCUUACUUAUAGAGUACAGUAACUGACGUGCAGUGUAGUUACAACUGAAACACAGUCUUAUUAGACCUUCUACCAAGUAAUGCAGAAACGAUUAGAUUCCUAAAGUGUGAUAAUGAAGGGCUUUCUUGUUUUCGACACCUUAAACGACGUUGUUUUCAAGCAAAUGGACCAUGAUCUUUUGAAACACAUGAUAGAGGUUUCCGCACGGAACGGCUUACUCACCGAGGGAGCUGCUGGGCAUGUUGCUGGUCCAGAAGUGAUUACCAACGACGUUCUUGUCCAGUUGUUCUCCCCACUGGUGACAUCCCACCGAGUCAUGAAAGAACGAAUGCAUAACGCAUAUAGUAGCAUAUACUGUAAAGACCAAACGCUGUGUAUAUUCACAGAGUAUUAUGACUGGACUAUCCUGGGCAUCAACUCUGAGAAAGAAGACUCUGAAGCAGUGUGUCGCAAGCGGCUCAAAGUUUUUCUUGCCCUUGUGCAGAGGCUAUAUGGCCCAGCUGUGCAGGAGCUAAAAUUGCAGAGUACAAGUGGAAACAAAAGGUCACAACUGCUGGGCAGUGUGAUGGAGACCUACUGUGCACUGAAGGAGCAGAACCAAGUCUUCUUGUUUGAGGCUCUUGAGCAAGUAGCAGUCAACAGUGACAUCACAUCAUCAUGCAUGAAGUUAUUGCAAGAAAUGUUGGAAAUAUUCCAGCGCUGUGCUCAUAAAGGAGAAAUGCCAUGCCACAGCUUCCUGCUUUUCAACUACAAACUUGUGUCAUCGUUCUCAAGGCGAAACUCUACACGUCUUUCACAUGGGGACAUGCUGCUGCUUUUCCUGAUUUUGCAAAGCUUGCACAAAGAAAACAAUGGUACAGAGGAUCAUAGGCAAGAGGGGAAUGAGAAGACUCGCAGCCUGCUGCUCUUCUUUGCUACUGCUCUUCACUCGUCUAUACCAUACAUUGUUCACUCUGUAGUAAUCACAAGCAGCAUCCUGCUGGUUGUAAUAAGCGAGGUGAACAGCAAAGUGUUGUUAGCAGAUAGCCUCUUCAGCCUGCUGAAGCAUCUACACUCAAUUCAGGAGAAGCCAGAAGAUGGUCGUUGUCGUAUGACGGUUGAUGUUUUGGAGAGUGCAAUCACACGUCUUUCUGACACUUGCCGAAGAGCCGAGGUUUGUAGAUCUUUAUUUUCUGCCUGCCACUUGAAAAGCACCCUUACGCAAUUCAAUGCAGAUCCUUUAAGGGGAGAGACCUGCUCUUUGGAGACGAAAAUUGGUCCAGAUAUCUUUUUACAUGCCGUUGCUCCAGAUUGGAGUAGAGCAUUUAUUUGGAUCACAGCUGCGAAGCUGGAAGAGGCGAAUGGGAACACACACAUGGUUGAGAAGAUCAUUGACCGAGCCAUUGCAUCCCUGCGUGCCAAUGGUGUGGAGAUCAACCGUGAGCAGUGGUUCAAGGAUGCCGUGGAGUGCGAGAAGUCCCAGUCGAUCCUCACCUGCCAGGCAAUCAUCCGCUGCGUGGUGGGAAUCGGCGUCGAGGACGAGGACCGGAAGCACACCUGGAUGGAGGAUGCCGAGGCGCAGCCCAGGGUGCCCAGGAGUGUGCCGGUGCUCUAUCGGCAUGCCCUGUCCGUGUUUCCAAGCAAGAAGAGCAUCUGGCUCAGGGCUGCCUACUUUGAGAAGAGCAGCGGCACCAGACUGUAUUCAAACAGAUUCUCUGCACAGUUUCCUGGCUUGCUUCACUUUGUUUACAUAAAUCGAACAGCCAACCGGAUGCUAGCAACAAUCAUCGAUACUGCAGAGCUUCAUGCCCGGGUGUGGAAAGGCUGGGAGUUUGCCCAGCGCUACAGCCAUGAGGGAUCAUUCACUGCCAUGUGGGUGGAUGGGGACCUACACUUCUCGUACACUCUCUGGUUUGAGAAUCAUGCUGGCAAACCUGUAAAGCCGAAGUGUGCCGUGAACCCUGCCAGCCUGCAGCAAAUGUCAUACCCAGGAGUGGUUUCCAGUAGCUUUUAUGGGCAACUGAUGCGCUAUUGCUUCCCAGACGUAUCACUGGACCAACUCUCAUGCCUGGAGUUCAUGUGCGCCCAUGCAAAUAGCAUUCCUGCAUCCACCAUAUUGGAGCAGCUACAACUACUUCCCUCGUCACUGAGGGACCUCUGCAUCUGAAGCCUUUACAGUCUUGCCUAUGCUUAGUUUUGGAGUGGUGGCCUGAUGUGCAAGAGUGCAGCCUUCGAAGCAGUUGUUCUCAUACAGUGACCGCAUUUUUAUUUGAACUGUAAAAGAAGAUUUUGUGCUUACUGCUGCUUUUUCUCUUUUUCUGUCAUUUCUUUUUUUUUUUUUUUCAUUCUGGUUUUGCAACGAGAUCACAUCUCUUGGUCUGCAUCAUUAAUAACAUCAAGUUUUGUCAUUACCUUUUAAACUAACUUCAGGUUUCCUUACAUUUUGAUAACAGUAACAGAUUUUAAAAUUGUGUUGAGCACCGAGAAUUUUGUACUGUAUAUAUUAUAAUGUCAUUAUGGCAUUUGCAUGAAGUUCACACUUAUGCAGUUCAUCUCCAAAGUAACAAAUUCAUUGAUUCUGCUUUAAACUCUUUGGAACAUUAUUCCCAACAUUGGUAAGGUUGCUUUUUCAGUUUUGUAGCUUUGGUGAUUAUUAAAAAGAUUAAAUUCAGGUUUCACCACUUGGA